AUUACACGCCUUUCAUAGAAGCGAGAAUUUACCGAGUUUAAACAUGAAGCAACAGCAGAUUGGAUGUGAACAUGAAGCUUUUCCAGCAGAGCUUUCAUGGAUCGAAAUGAUGGAGCUCAACAUCCAAGUUGACUACGACGCUAUCGUUUUCCCUUUAGAAGACGACAGCGAUUUUGUUGAAUCUGUUGAUUCAUCUUCCAUUGAGUUGGAAGAUCAGUCAGCAGAGAUCCAGGGGGAAUCAAGUCCUUCCAGCGACUUGGAGAUUCCAAGAUCAUUGGAAGUCAAGCAGGAAACAACUCCAUCUCCUGACUUCAAGAUCACCCCUUUAGUGGAAGAGACAAACCAACACGUUAGAGAUCUGACUAAGCAGGUUGACGAUCUUAAAACAGAACUGCAGAGUACAAUUUUUGAUCUCCACGAGGAAAGAGACAGAAGGAUUUCAUACCAGGCUGAAGUCAAAUCACAGCAAGAGGAGAUUCAAAAGCUGCAAAAACUGUUGGAAAAAGAACGUCACCUGCAAGCUAAACGUGAACAGGUUACUUGCUCUUCUAAAGUUACAACCGACAAGACCGUUCUUCGACAGCUGGAGCACUUCAAGUGGGAGGCUGAAAAAUAUGCCUCCCGCAAUAAAGGUCUCAUAGAAGUUAUGGUUGAAGAAUAUAGAGUGAGACUUAAAUACGAGGAGCAGCUCAAAAGUCUCUCUGAGCAGGCUUCCAAAUUCAAAGAGCAGGAGGAAACUGUGAAAUCUCUGCAGGGUCAGGUUGCGGACCUGAAGGAGAAGUUGAAACUUGCUCUGGAUAACAACCAUCAGAGAGUCUGCACCCAACCAGAGGUCCCCCUGCAAACUGAAGGCUCCAUACCAACAAAGGAGACCAAGCAAAGGCAGACUUUGAAUCAACAAGGGGUCUCCAUGCAUAGCAUGGCUCAGCCUUUGCGACGACCCACAUCCAGGUUGCAAACAGAAGGCUCCCUGCUAACAGAGGAGACCAAGGAAAGACAGACCUUCAACCAACCAGGGAGGUUUGAAGAAAGAUGGACCUCAAAUCAACCAGAGAGGUCCAAGGAAAGACAGACAUUCAAUCAACCAAGGAGGUCCGAGGAAAGAUGGACCUCCAACCAACCAGGUAGGUCCGAGGAAAGACGGACCUCCAAUCAACCAGGGAGGUCCGAAGAAAGAUGGACCUCCAAUCAACCAGGGAGGUCCGAGGAAAGACAAACAUCCAUGCGACCAAACUCCACUGGUUGCAUGAAGGGCCUUCAUGCUGGCGUUGGCAUGAAGACCAAUCUAUGCCCGGCUCGGCCUUUACACCGACCCACACCCAGGUGGCACUAACCAGGGUCACUAUCUAAACCCAGGUUUUGCCAACACUGGGCAUUAUGAAAAUUCAACGCUUUACACAAAUUUAGGAAAUCAAAACAGACACAGGCAAAUAAAAUUCCUCACUCCACAAUCAAUGGAGAAAACACAGCAUCAAUUUCAGCUGUCCAGAA